AUGUCGGCGCCCAGAUCCGGCGCGCGUCCAAUCCCUCCCCGCGGGCCCCGACCUCCUGUGGGACGACUAGCUAGUCUAAAACCUCCUAAUUCAACACCUAUCAAUCGUCCAACAGCUAUUGGACGUCCUCAGCCACCACGUCCAACGACUCACCCUAAGACUUCAAAUUGUCCAAAUCCGGGAUGCCCUGCUCCCCACAUUGUGGAUGACGGAGGUGUCAAGGUCUGCACGGGCUGUGGUACAGUUAUCAGCGAGAAUAACAUUGUUUCUGAAGUCACAUUCGGCGAAUCCUCGUCCGGUGCAGCUGUUGUGCAGGGAUCUUUCGUCGGAGAAGAUCAGACCCAUGUACGCAGCUAUGGUCCAGGUUUUCAGCGCGGGGGUGCCAUGGAGAGCCGGGAAAUGACCGAACAAAAUGGAAACCGAUAUAUGCUCCAACUUUCUCGAGCUUUGACUAUCCCGGAAAGUGCAACUAAAGCUGCUGGUCAGGUCUUCAAGCUUGCAGUCGGACUAAACUUUAUUCAGGGUCGUCGCACCAAAACGGUAGCUGCGGUAUGCUUGUACAUCGCAUGUCGUCGCCAAAAUGGUAAUACCGUCAUGUUGAUUGAUUUUGCCGAUGUAUUGAUGAUUAACGUCUUCAAACUCGGUCGUACAUACAAGGCGCUUCUGGAUGAACUCCGCCUAGGUGGCAACGUCUUUCUCAUGAACCCAAUCGACCCCGAAAGUUUAAUUUAUCGUUUCGCCAAGCAGCUCGAAUUCGGACCUUCUCUCAUGGCGGUCGCUGGCGAGGCAGUCCGCAUCGUUCAACGAAUGAACCGUGACUGGAUGACCACCGGUCGACGCCCAGCUGGUCUCUGUGGCGCGGCACUGAUUCUUGCCGCGCGCAUGAAUAACUUCCGCCGAACCGUGCGUGAAGUCGUCUAUAUCGUCAAAGUAACGGAAACUACUAUCAGCCAGCGUUUGAACGAGUUCGGUUCCACCGAGAGUGGUGAAUUAACCGUUGAUCAAUUCCGUUCAGUCCAAUUAGAGAACACUCAUGAUCCCCCAUCAUUCACUCGCGGGCGAGAGGGCCGGAAAAUUCGUGUCAAGAAUAUGCCAGAGACUGCGGCGGAACUUGAAGACGACGGCACUCCAGCCGAAAGUGAAGCAGAAUCAGUGCAGCCGCAUCGCGUAGAUGCCGAUGGUUUCGCUAUUCCCAAUCUCCCCAUCGACCCGGCAUUGACAGCAAAUGGUCACGGUCGACGUCCAUCAGUAAUUGCCAAGGCAGUGAAUGACGUCGUUGAAGAUAUCAAAAACGAGCCCACACACUCCAAGGGCAAGGGCAAGCGACAACCCACACCAGAACCCUCUGCCGAGCAGGUCGCAUCUGAAGCGGCGCUAGAGGAUGAAAUGCGCUCUAUGCUUGCGCAAGGUUCAACUAUGAUUGAGAGCAUGGGCUCCGACCAACCGCCGCGGCCCACCGUUUCAGACAGCGCUGAAAUCGACGCUGCCGAGUUCGAAGAUGACCCUGAAGUCGCCAAUUGUCUCCUAGCGCCUGCUGAAGUCGAGAUCAAGGAGUCAAUUUGGGUAACAGAAAACAAGGAGUACCUCCGUACCCAACAAGCAAAAGCCCUAAAGCGGGCCCUGGAAGAGGCAACCGGAGGAGGCGCCCCUCGCAAACCACGCAAGCGUCGCCGUGGCCGCCUUGGCGAUGUUACCUAUCUGGAGGGCGAAGGCUCAGAAGGCGGCAGGUCUCGUGCCGCGACACCGGCUGAGGCGACACGUCGUAUGCUCGAGCGCCGAGGUUACAGUAAGAAGAUUAACUACUCUCUCCUGGACACUUUGUACGGCGGCGAAGGUGCAGACGCAAAAGCACGGAGCAUGAGCCGAAGCCAAAGUCGCAGCCAAAGCGUCCUCUCAAGGCGCAGCGCCAGCAUCGAGCCAGAAACAGCCUCACGAUCCCGGCGUGCAACUCCCGCAGAUGCCAAAUUCGAUUCCAAAUUCAUCCGUCCUACUUCUACUACACCAUUACCUACUCCGCCAUCUACCAUUCCAAACAUGACUCAGGACGCAAAACCAGCCAUGAUCAAUGAUCCGCUCGUGGAUAAGAUCGAGGCAGAGCCUGAGGACGAGGAUGAAGAUGAAGAUGAUUAUGACGACGACGAGAAGGACGAUGGCGUCGACGACGCAUUUGCCGGCAAUUACGAAAGUGACUAUGAUUAUGGCGAUGACGAUGACUGA